AUGGCCCAGAUAACAUCAGCGUUUCCGGGUCUUAACCAUUUUGAGUGUGAAGGCGAUCCUGUUUCUGUUGGGGUGAGAUGGGAAAAGUGGAAGAGAGCCCUAGAAAUAUAUUUCCUAGCCGCCAAUAUUGAAUCUAGUGGAAAAAAGCGAGCCACACUCUUGCACAUUGGUGGACUUGCUCUGCAAGAAGUGUACUACAACUUACCAGGGGCUCACAUCGAUGAGGCUGAUAACGUGGAUGUAUACGAAACUGCUGUAAAAAAAUUAAGCGAAUACUUUUCCCCAAAACAAAGCAGAUAUUACGAAAGAUACAUUUUUAGACUGAUGAAACAGGAGGAAGGGGAAAGAUUUGAAACAUUUUUAGUGAGAUUGAGAAACCAAGCCGAUAAAUGCCAAUUUACCGCUAAAGAUGAAAAUCUAAUCGACCAAAUUGUCGAAAAAGGUCGAAGCGCGGAAUUAAGAAAGAAAAUCUUGGCCGGAGGAGAUAAUAUCACCCUUCAGCAAGUAAUAACUAUUGCUAUUACAUUAGAAACCGUGAAUAGACAACUAGAUACGUUUGAUAGACCAGGCCCAAGCAAAGUUUACGACACAAACAAAUCUGAAAUUAACAGACUAGAUAGCAAGAAAUUACCAUCGACUCGAAACUUGUUCAAGAAUUGCUUCAGGUGUGGUAGCAACAAACACUUAUCGUUCGAUAAUGGCUGCCCAGCAAGGGACAAAAAAUGUUUAAAAUGUGGAAUCAUUGGGCAUUAUAAUAAAUAUUGCAGGACUAAAGAACAGAAACGUAAAACUAACUCAAGGAAUGAUGAUAUUGUUAACACAAAGAGGUACAAAUUUAACAAACAAACAAAGAAAAAUGCUGAAGAAGUGGACUAUGUUUUCCAAUUAGAUGACGAUGCAGUUAUCGAUUGCAAAGUUGGCGGUGUAAUUAUAGACAUGCUAAUUGAUUCGGGUAGUAAAUGCAACAUUAUUACAGACAAGACAUGGGAACAUCUGAAAAGUCAUAAAGUGAGAGUCACGAAUCAAAUUAAGAAUCCUGGGAAGAUAUUAUUACCCUAUGGUAGUCAAAAACCUUUAGGUGUACUCGGUGCUUUUGAUGCUACUAUAACAAUUGAUGGCCGCAGUACCAAAAAAGCAACUUUCUAUGUGAUUCGGAAUGGGACACGUAACCUUCUGGGAAAGACAAGCGCAAUUCAACUUGACGCUCUUAGAAUUGGCGUCCCUGUCAAUAACAUCAGUACCUUUCCCAAAUUUAAAGGCAUUACAAUACAGAUUCCUAUCAAUAAGGGAGUCAAGCCGGUAAUUCAACCGUACAGGAGAAUACCAAUUCCUUUGGAAGAAAAGGUGAACAAGAAACUAGCCGAACUUAAAGAAGCCGAUAUAAUUGAAGAGGUCAAUGGACCAUCACCGUGGGUAUCACCAAUGGUGCCAGUACUAAAAGAAAACGGUGAUAUUCGGAUAUGCAUCGACAUGAGGAGGGCAAACGAGGCCAUCAUAAGGGAAAAUCACCCACUCCCGACAAUGGAUGAGCUCUUGCCUAAUUUCAGGAAAGCUAAAUAUUUUUCCCGACUCGACAUAAAGAAUGCUUUCUAUCAAUUGGAGAUAGAUGAAGACAGUAGGUACAUCACAACCUUUAGUACCAGUAAAGGUUUGUUCCGAUAUAAGAGACUAAUGUUUGGAGUGUCGUGUGCACCUGAAAUGUUUCAAAAGGUCCUAGAAAAGUUGUUACUAGGUUGUGAGGGCACUGCAAACUUUAUAGACGAUAUUAUUAUCCAUGGAUCUGACGAGCUUGAGCAUGACCGACGACUCGACAAAGUACUACGGGUGUUGAAGGAAAACAAUGUUCUUCUCAACCAGGCUAAAUGCAUCUACAAGACAAACAGGAUUGAAUUUUUAGGACAUCAAUUAACGGGAAAUGAAGUAAAGCCUCUGGACAAAUACAUGAAAGCAAUUCAAUCUUCAAAACAGCCUUCAAAUAUCGAAGAAAUACAGAGUUUUCUUGGGCUAGUCAAUUAUGUCGGAAAGUGGAUACCCAAUUUGGCUUCGCUUACAGAACCCCUUCGGAAGCUGAUACGCCUUAAAUUGGGUAAGUCCGCUAACAUUCAAAAAUAUUGGACAGGCACCCAGGACAAGGCAUUUGAAAACCUUAAGAGACAACUCUCGAACAUACCAACGUUAGGCUAUUAUAACCCAGCGGAUAGAACGCAAAUAAUAGCUGACGCGUCUCCAGUUGGACUAGGAGCAGUACUUAUUCAAAUUGAUGGUAACGGUCCCCGCGUGAUAGCGUUUGGUAAUAAGAGUCUUACUGAUUGUGAGAAAAGAUACUGUCAGACGGAGAAAGAAGCAUUAGCACUGGUGUGGGCCAUAGAACAUUUUAAAAUAUAUCUAUUGGGCAAAGAAUUCGAACUCAUUAGUGAUCACAAGCCCCUAGAAGCUAUUUUUGGGAUCAGAUCUAAGCCUUGUGCACGCAUAGAGCGCUGUGUUCUGCGGCUGCAGGCUUACAAGUACAAGGUUAUUUACCGUCCAGGCAAACAAAAUAUCGCUGACCCUAUCUCCCGACUUUGUGAAUCGAUUCAUCCGGUACCAUUCGAUAAUGAAAACUAUAUAAAUGCAGUGGUAGAAUACAGUAGGCCAAUAGCAGUACCACUAAAUGAAAUUGACAUAGCUAGUGCAUCAGACAAGGAAAUUGAAGCACUAAAAAAUGGAGUUUUCGACAACAAGUGGGAUGAAUGUGUAAAUGCUUAUAAGACUUUCCAGUCGGAGAUUUGUUUCCAUGGAAAAAUAGCCCUAAGAAGAAGCAAAAUAAUUAUCCCUAAACAGCUACGUGACAGAGUACUCGAGGCUGCCCAUCAAGGACACCCUGGCAUUGUUGCCAUGAAGACUCGCCUCAGAACAAAGGUUUGGUGGCCGAAAAUUGAUAGAGAUGCUGAAAAUCGAGUCAAAGCUUGCAAAGGGUGCACACUCCUUUCAGCACCCAACCCGCCCCAUCCGACAAAGAGACGAGAACUUCCAGUCGAGCCUUGGAUUGACGUAGCAAUAGACUUCUUAGGACCCCUGCCAUCAAAUGAUUAUUUACUUAUCCUAGUCGAUUACUACAGUCGCUACAAGGAGAUAAAAAUAAUGAGAAAUAUUACCGCUAUAGAAACGGUUAAGAAACUCAAAGAAAUAUUUUCCCGACUAGGAUACCCUGCGACGCUAACAUGUGACAAUGGUAACCAAUUUACUAGCGAGACCUUCAAAGCAUUCUGCAAGGAGUGCGGCAUUGUAAUGUACAACACAAUUCCUUACUGGCCACAGAUGAACGGAGAAGUCGAGCGCCAAAACAGAGACGUGCUUAAGCGGCUCAAAAUAAGCCAGUUAGAAAAAAUGGAAUGGAAAGAUGACCUUUUAGAAUACCUCAUUAUGUACAAUAGCACCCCUCAUACGACAACCGGAAAAACUCCCGCCGAACUUUUCUUUCGGAGACAGUUUCAGGAUAAAAUACGUAUGGCAGUAGACAUAGAAUAUAAAAUUAUAGAUCCGGAUGUAAGAGACAGGGAUAAAGAAAAAAAAGAAAAGGGAAAGGAAUAUGCGGACAGGAAAAGGAAGGCAGUAGAUAGUUAUUUUGAAGUCGGAGAGAAAGUAUACGUAAAAAAUAUGAGUAAAGAAAAUAAAUUAACUCCUAAUUUUAACCCAGAGACCCAUACAGUAACGGAUGUAAAUGGUGGAGAUAUUAGGGUAAGGAAUGAUUCAACAGGAAAAGAAUACCGCAGGAAUAUUGUUCACCUUAAAAGAGUAGAAAACGGUGAGUGGAAAAUUAUCGAUCAGAGUGCAGAAAGUGAAACACUUCCAGAAGGCAGCCAACACGAAGACUGA